AUGGAGAGUGAUAAUCAUACAGCGUACGUGGCCGGAGAGACGCUGGCGCCCCUGUGCACGGUCCGCUGCUGUGGGCUCCUAAACCGCACUUUGGCGGUCACGUUCAUGGUUUGCUUGGCCUUUGCCAUCGUUGUGGGAAACGUGAUCACGCUUACUGUUCUCAUGCAGACGCGGCAUUCCCGAACACCGCAGUGCUACCUCAAAGUGUCAUUGGCCAUCGCAGACAUGGUGGUUGGAGUUUUGGUGGUGCCAUUUUCCAUAUACACCGAGAUCUCCCUCAUGGUAACCGGAACUCCACCACUGUGGUACCAGGGCGUCUCCAAGGCCUCUCUGGGUGGUGUAUCAGGUCCUUGGCAACCCUGCAUGCUGAUGGGUCCGCUUUUCGCAGGCUGCACCUUCGUAUCCAUCAGCACCAUCUUUUUUAUGACAGUGGAGCGUAGCGUGGCCAUCUUUUACCCGCUGCAUAAGGACGCACUCGUGACGCGCCGUCGCAUCCUCUUCCUGAUCUUUUCAGCCUGGGCCGGCGGCUUCUCGUUGGCCAAUGCACCGCUCAUCCUGAGCAACAACUUUACGCUGGAAUACAACGAAUGCAGUCGCUUGUGCAUCUACGUCCCGGUACUGAUCGGACUUCAGGUGCCUGCAGACACCAAUAUUCUGCUCCUCUUUCCAGCGUUUGAUUUCACUCUACUGGGUGGCACGCUGGCCGUCAACAUCAUGUCCUUCACCAGUAUCCGCCGGUACUCUCGUAAGCGCAAGCUCCUCCUCUCCGAGGGAGCGGACCCAGGGACCGGCGGUUGUCCCCACAGACCAUCGUUUUCUGACAUCAAAGCAGCAAAGACCAUCGGGAUCCUCACGUUUGCCUUCAUGGCCUCCUUCAGUCCUAUCGCUGUGUUUGUGCUGGGGAACGUGGUGGGCUACACCUGGUGCAAGUUCUCCUUCGUUGCGUUUUGGAUUCUGGCGGGCAGCAGCUGUUGUAAUGUCAUCAUUUACAGCGUGCGUGACCAGCGUUUUAGGAAAGGGCUGAGUCUGCUCUUUCAGAGGGACAGAUCUCAUGCUCACUCAGAGAAUAGCUGA